AUGAACGCGACUACCCCUAUAUUCCGCUGCUGGCGACCCGGUCCUGCUCGCUUCCCAGUUACUCUGCAGCCCCGAUUUCUCCCGAGCUCUUCUCUUACUCAGAGAGCCUAUUACUCCGAUCAAGUCAAAGUGUCCCGUCAGAAGACGGAUUGCCAUGCCAAAAAAGCAGGGAGCGCGCCUUCUGUGGCAUCCACAUCGCGAUCACCAUGGCGCCUCCCCUUCUGGAGCUGCCGGACCACCUGGAGGCGAGCAGGGAUCAACACGCUGCGUUGUCUAGCGGGCUGUACGCUUGGUGACUUUUCAGCACUAUGGAUGCUGCAAACCUACUAUCCAGAACUCGGGAUGACCACCAUCAUGGCUGCAUCCAUGGUGUCUGGCAUCACGACUUCAAUUAUCGUUGAAACUAUUCUACUCCGGCGCGGAGCAGACCAACUCUCCUGGCCUAUAGCAGUCCGCACAGCGAUGGGUAUGAGUAUGGUGUCGAUGGUGGCAAUGGAGACGGCAGAGAAUAUCGUCGACUACCAUCUCACGGGCGGCGUGGUGGCCUUGGGGGACCCAAACUUCUGGAUGGCAGCGGCGGUGUCUAUGGCUGCUGGAUAUCUCGCCCCGUUGCCAUACAACUACCUACGUUUACGAAAGUAUGGGAAGGCCUGCCACUGA